AUGGCCCCCCUGGCUCAGACCCUGGCACUGCUGGCAGCGGCCGUGGCCACCGCGGCCAUCCAAGUGGUGCCCCUGGACAUGGCUCAGAAAUCCUUUGAUGACCAGUACCUGACCUGUGGCCAUGACAUGGCCAAGACGCUGCCAGAACUCAACAGCACCGAGUUCCUCCAGAAUGUCGAGUUUGCCCGGGUCUGGCCUAAGGCCAGGGCCGAGCGGCAGAAGCAGGGGACCCCCGUGACCCCUCUUAGCCAGGAGCAGGCCAUCGCCAUCAUGAUCUACACCAUGAAGGACGUGCACAGGCAGUUCAACGCGGCCGUGCGCGAGGCCGGGAGCUCCCGCCAGCAAUACCGGAACAGCUUCCACUUCAAAACGCUGCAUUUUCUGCUCACCCAGGCCCUCCAGAAGCUCAGAGACCCCAAGGAGUGCCAGGACGUGUUCCGGGGGGUGAGCGGGUUCCAGUUCGAGGUCAAGACCGGCGACAAAGUUCGCUUUGGUCAGUUUGCGUCGACGUCGCGGAGCCGAGAGGUCUCGGCAGCGUACGGGACGGACACGAUUUUCCACGUGUACACCUGCCACGGCGCAGACAUCGAGAAAUUCUCCUUCAAUCCAAGCGAGAGGGAGGUGCUGAUCCCACCCUUCGAGACCUUUGACGUCACCAAUGUCACUCGGGCAGGGGGCAUGAUGAACAUCGAGCUGCGCUCCACCGGGAACUUCAGCAACUACAACUGCGAGUGGCUGCGAGGUGGGACCUUCCCCAGGACCUCCCCCCACCUCUGGGGGCUUCUCCUGGCCCCUGUGGCCAUGGCAGUGGUCACCGGAAGGCUCUGA